AUGGGCAAUUUGCCUAAAUAUCGCGUUACACCGCAGUCACCUUUCUUUAUAUGCGGAGUAGAUUACGGAGGUCCUAUCUUAUUAAGAGAUCGUCAAACAAGAGGAUACAGAAAAUUUAAGGCUUACAUAUGUUUGUUCGUGUGCCUUGUUACAAAGGCAAUACAUAUUGAAUUAGUAUCUGAUUUAACUACGAAUAGUUUUUUAGCCACUUUUAAACGAUUUAUGGCGCGACGCGGAAAACCUCGCGAAAUCUAUUCCGAUAAUGGAACGAAUUUUAUAGGCGCAGCAUCAGGAUUAAAAAAGCUUUAUAAAUUUUUACAAACAAAAUCAAAUCAAAAUAAGAUUGUUAAUGAUAUGACCAACGAAGGCGUGUCAUGGAAGCAUAUUCCACCAAACUCUCCUCAUUUUGGAGGAAUUUGGGAGGCGGGUAUAAAGUCGUGCAAGGCUCAUUUAAAGCGAGUAUUGGGUAAUGCUAUUUUAACUUUUGAAGAUUUUUAUACGGUUUUGACACAGAUCGAAGCAAUAUUAAACUCGAGACCAAUCUCUCCCUUAAGCUCCGACCCCAAUGACUAUGAUCCCUUAACUCCUGGUCACUUUCUUAUUGGAAAAUCCUUAACAUCCACUCCCGAUCCAUCAGUGCUUGAAACCCUUGAUAACAGGCUUUUCGGUAUCAACGACUACAGAAACUUGUGCAACAUUUUUGGAAGCGUUGGCACAAAGAAUACGUAUCGGAGCUGCAGACAAGAAUAA